CAGCCCAAAGAAGAAGUCCCUUCCACCUGUAAAGUUUUUAGAGGGUGAAGUUAUAUGGGCAAAGUUCAACCGAAGACCCUGGUGGCCUUGUGAGAUGACAGUUGACCCAGUACAGGGAACCUACCACAAAAUGAAAGAGCCCAGUGAUAGGCCUUGUCGGCAGUACCACAUCAGGACCUUUGGAGAGCCGUUGGAACUGGCCUGGGUCGCAGGAAAAGCUACACACACUUUUCAUGGAGGCUUUGAGUUUGAACAGCUCCCCUUGAUACGCAGGAGAGGAAGGCAAAGAGACAAAGACUACAAAUACACUAUACCCAAGCGUUUUAAAGCAUCUUGGGGAAAAAGUGUGGCUGAGGCAGAAGCUGUCCUCCCAGAGCGGCCCAAAAUGGGGCCCUCUAGACCUGACUCCAUAGAUACAACCCUCCAUGAUGGGUCCAUAUUAGAGAACAAGGACCUUCCAAUUCCCCCUUCUUCCAUUCCAUCUGCCUCUAUAUCCCCUGCACCAAGUCACAUAACAAACGGAACUGUGUCACCACAAAGUAAAUCUUCCCCAAAAGGAAGCAUUUUCAAGAAGCCUCAGAGGAAGAAGAAUCCAACUAAAGCAUCAAAAGCUAAAAAUGAGUUCUUCAACACCGAAACAUUUGGAAGCACUGACAAGCCAGAGGGGGACAUCGAAGAAUGUCCGUAUUUGGACAUUGACUCUAUCCCCAAUAUUUUGUGUCCUAAAGCACUUGAGCGUCAAUCCAAGCCCUCUCAGACUCAGCCCUCAGUUCCAGUAGUAGAAAAAGUGAAGAAGCAGCCUGAAGUCCAAACUGGCCUGUGGUUCAGCAAACCAGGAAAAGACAGGCGACUCAUCACUACCACCUCCAUAUCUAAACACAAUUCCUUUAGCAAGGGCCCCUGCAAGAAAAAUACUCAAACUGCAGCUGCUGUCAACAGACAGACACAAGUGUCCAGUGUGGCAAUCAAGGAAUGCUCUAGUCAUCAGUUGAAGACUUCAGUGUCCAGUGUAAUAGUCAAAGAACGCCCUGCUGAUCAGUCGAAGACUCCAGUGUCCAAUGCAACAGUCAAAGAAAUUACUGGUAAUCAGUUUAAGACUCCAGUCUUAAGUGUGCCCAAGCUCACGGAUCAGUCGAAGGACCUGGGCAAGCAGCCUGUGCAUCUGCCCGCUAGCAACCGCCUCAUGACCAGAGCUCUUAAAGCUAUGGAGGAAGCUGAGCGGAAGGUCUCAUCUUCCACAAACACGCUCUCUGAUAAACCAGAGACCAAAACACACUGUUAUACAGAGGACAAACCUUCAAAGGUUGACAACGAUAAUCAGAUCAUGGCUUUUCCAAAUUGCUCUUCAUCAAAGUUCACCAGGUCGAAGGACAUUGAGGCAGAGGUUAAGACAGAAAGUGAGAGCUUCUUUGUAUCCCAGAUGCCUGCGGAUUUCAUACCUCUAACUUCUGGGAAGGAAAAGCAAGAGAACUGUGUGUCUCACAUCUCCUCCUGUUCCUCUCCCUCGCCAUGCUUCUCUCCCAUGGAUGUCUUCAAAGACAUCAAAGAGUUAUCCUUCAAGUCCCUGGAAUCAAGUGAUGGUGAUGGAAAACAUGUGUCUUUUAAACCAGACACUAACUACAAGUUCAGUACUUUUCUCAUGCUGCUGAAGGACGAGCACGAUACCAGGGAGAAACAUGGUACACCCCUGGAGCUGGAAAUCGGACCACCCACUGCCCAUGUAAAAGAGGAGCCUUCAGUAAUUCCACCCUUACUAGGAGAGGAGUCACUCAGUCGAGGCCCUAGUCUCAGUAAAAGUCAACAGUGCAAGGGCAAAACAAAGGCCAAACCCAAGCUCAAGUCUUCUCUGAAAGUAGAAAUCCCACAACUUCAAGGCAGCAUAAACCAGGACUUGAAAAGGUCAGCCAAAAAGAGAGGCUUGUCUGGGACUAAAAAUAAACCUAAUGGAAAAGAGCCUUGUGGUAAGAGGUCUCCUGGACCUGGCUACCUUGGGAUGGAGGCCUCACACCAUCUUUCUAGCAAUGCCUGUCCGAAGUUUAACCAUGAUUCAGGGACAUUAGGGGGGUUGUGGGAGGGCUGCAGUGGGCUAAUGAAUGAGAGACUACAGAACAUGGUGCCUUUGGAGCAGGGUGGUGCAGACCCAUCGGUGUCCUUUCAGACAAAGACAAGGUUGGACCAGCAGAUUAUCCCUACCAUCAAUUCUGCAAACACUACACAAAGUACUGGGGAAGGCCAGGAGGCUCCCACAGCACAUAAACGAAUUAGAAAACCAAGCAAAAGACUCAUAGAAUGGACAGAAGAGUAUGAUCAGAUAUUCUCCACAAGGAAGAAACAGAAAAAGGCCCCCCAGUCUUUGGGAAAGGUGGCACAGUCCAACAGCAACAAACCAGAUCCCCUACCAUCAGAGAAACCCACACAUGACCAUGCCCCUCUGAACCCACUUCCUGAAAUACAAUCCCUGCCCCCAGAGGAACCAUCCAAGACCCCAAAUGGACAAGCCCCUCCCCGAAUAGAGAACACUCCCCCUCAGGAUGCACCUAUCCUGUCCAUAGAUACUCUAACCCUGCCUCCUGAAGCAGACCCUUCGCUGUUGUGUGACAGUCUUACAAAGAAUGUUGGUGACAUUCCUUACUUGGAAACCAUCCGUAAGAGACAGAGAAAACCCACUCUGAAGAUUCUGGAAUACUCAGAGGCUGCCACAAUCCCAAAGAAAAAGGUCAAGUCCCUGAAGUCCAGCUCAUCAAGCCAGGCUGUUCAUUCAGGCUCUGGACAACAAUCCUUUAAAUCAAAGAUCAAGCAACCAAUGACAUCCACCACUGCAUCCUCCACAAUGUUGCCCUGCACCCCUGCACCCUGCCCCCAGACACAGAGUUGCAUGGAGAGGGGGUCAGACAUCGACCUCACCACGCCCCCCACUAAGGACACUAAUCUCCAUGACGAUGGGAGGGACACCAUAGACCCAGAGGGUUUUGCAUCCAGUUUCGAUGACAGCUUUUCAUCCAUGAGGGAGGAGUCUUCACAGUGCGAUGACACACUCUUCCCCAAUAAGAAGAUCAUAGUGGACAGAGGGGGCGUCGCCUCAUUGAAGGAGAAUGUGUGUCAGGUAUGUGAGAAGACUGGGGAGCUUCUGCUGUGUGAGGGCCAGUGUUGUGGGGCCUUCCACCUCCAGUGUAGCGGCCUCACAGAGCCUCCUAAAGGGAAGUUCGUCUGCCAGGAGUGCAAGUCUGGUGUCCAUACCUGUUUUGCGUGUAAGAAGCCCGGGGAGAACGUGAGGCGCUGUAUGAUCCCAGUGUGUGGGAAGUUCUACCAUGGAGAGUGUAUCGCCAAUCACGCUCCCGUUGCCCCCCUGCACGGGGGCUUCCGCUGCUCCCUCCACGUCUGUCUGUCCUGCUUCAUCACUAACCCUGUCAACCCCUCCAUCCCCAAAGGUCGUCUGACACGCUGUGUGCGAUGCCCUGUGGCGUACCAUGCCAACGAUUACUGCAUGGCAGCGGGCAGUGUGGUCCUGGCCAACAACAGCUUCCUGUGUCCCAACCACUUCACCCCCCGCAGGGGAUUCCGAAACCAUGAACACGUCAACGUCAGCUGGUGCUUUGUCUGCUCUGAAGGGGGCAGUCUGUUGUGCUGUGAGUCGUGUCCUGCUGCCUUCCACCGGGAGUGUCUGAACAUCGACAUGCCCGAGGGCAGCUGGUUCUGUAACGACUGCCAGGCCGGGAAGAAGCCCCACUAUAAGGACAUCCUGUGGGUCAAAGUGGGCCGGUACAGGUGGUGGCCUGCGGAGGUCAACCAUCCCAAGAACAUCCCGGAAAACAUCCUACGUAUGAGGCACGACGUAGGCGAGUUCCCUGUGCACUUUUUUGGCUCCAACGACUACCUGUGGACCUACCAAGCCAGAGUCUUCCCCUACAUGGACGUAGACACCAACAACAAGGAGAAGAUGGGGAAAGGUGUAGACGUCAUCUACAAGAAAGCUUUGGAGGAAGCUGCUCGCAGGUUUCUGAAACUGCAGGCAGAGAAAGAACUGAGACAGCUUCAGGAGGACAGGAGGAAUGACAAGAAACCCCCUCCAUACAGACACAUCAAGGUGAAUCGGCCAAUCGGGAAGGUGCAGUUCAUCACGGCCGACCUAUCAGAGAUCCCACGCUGUAACUGCACGGCUUCAGACGAGAACCCGUGUGGCAUCGACUCUGAGUGUAUUAACCGCAUGCUGAUGUACGAGUGCCACCCCCAGGUGUGCCCAGCGGGCAAUGGCUGCCUGAACCAGGCCUUCACCAAACGCCAGUACAGCCAGGUGGAGAUCUUCAGGACUCUGGCACGAGGCUGGGGCCUUCGCUGUGCCCAUGACAUCAAGAAGGGGGAGUUUGUGAAUGAGUACGUAGGAGAAGUGAUCGAUGAGGAUGAGUGCCGGGUCAGGAUCAAACACGCCCAGGAUAACGACAUCUGUAACUUCUACAUGCUGACUCUGGACAAGGAUCGGAUCAUUGAUGCUGGGCCAAAGGGGAACCAGGCCCGCUUCAUGAACCACAGCUGCCGGCCCAACUGUGAGACACAGAAGUGGACGGUGAAUGGAGACACACGUGUGGGACUCUUCACUCUCAUAGAUGUCCCUGCAGACACAGAGCUGACUUUCAACUACAACUUGGAGUGCCUUGGGAAUGGGAAGACUGUGUGUAAAUGUGAAGCUCCAAACUGCAGCGGCUUCCUAGGAGUUCGGCCAAAGAACAACCCUCCAGCAGACGACAAGGGCCGCAAACUGAAGAAGAAGGUCCUGGCUAAACGGAAGAACAAGAUGGAGGUGACCAAGGAGAGGGAGGACGAGUGCUUCAGUUGUGGGGACGGGGGACAGAUUGUGUCCUGUAAGAGACCAGGCUGUCCCAAGGUCUACCACGCAGACUGUCUCAACCUCGCCAAGAGGCCUGCAGGUCGGUGGGAGUGCCCGUGGCACCAGUGUGACCUGUGUGGUAAGGAGGCAGCCUCCUUUUGUGAGAUGUGUCCCAGCUCUUACUGCACACUGCACCGCGACGGCAUGCUCUUCAUCUCCAAGCUGGACGGACGGCUGUCCUGCAGCGAACACGACCCCUGUGGACCAGACCCCCUGGAGCCAGGGGAGAUCAGGGAGCACCUACCCAACAUCUGUGCUCUCUCACCGGGCCUGGGGGCUGGCGUAGUAAUCCCUGGUGCUGCUGUGGCUGGUGCUGCUGCUACAGUCACUACUACAGGGGACCCUGAGCCUUGCCCUGGUCCUGAGUCUGAGUCUUUCCCCCCUCUCCCCAGCUCUAGCCCCAUCUCUAGCCCCAUCUCUGGCCCCAUCUCUGGUCACUUUUCUGUCCCAAUAUCUGGCCCCAUCAGCACCCCUCUAGCCAGCUCUGAGGCCCCCGAUAGCUCUCACCUUUUCCUUCCCCAGUACUCACCCAUCUCUUCGUACGAAGAUGAGAAAGAAGAAAUUGAGGAUCCUUUGGGUGAUGAAGAGGGGGAUGGAGAGUUGGAGGAUGGCGAGAUGGAGGGUCUUGAGUUAAAAGAUGAAGUAGAAGAACAAGUGGAGGAAGAAGAGUAAAGACAUAAUUUUUCAACAACUGCAUGGUGGCUUAUCAUUCCACACAGUUCAUACAGGGUGGAGGGGACAUGGACACUGAUCAGCCAAACCACAGAAUAGCCCCAUCAAUCACUGCUCUUAUUGUCCAGUGAGCAUGUGAUUGUCCUGAAGGUCUACCAUGUGGGGAAAAGGGCUACCUGCUUGUUCUUGGGGGUGGGCCAGAGCUCAGCAUCAUGUAGAUUCACUCAUCUUUGUAUAUAAGGAUCUGUUCUUGUCCAGAGGAUUUAUAGAUCUGUGAAUUCACACACCGCCUUGUUCAGUCAGACCCCCGAGAAAUAGCAGGAUGUUACAAUGGAGUCUGGGCUGGUGUGUCGAAACGAAGUAGGAUGGAGUUGCCGCUGGACACUGAUUUGUGGUCACGUCUAGCGUUUUCCCCCUAAUAGUCAAGGUUACGGUUUGGGGUGGGUACACUGAUCCUGGAUCUGUGCUUAAGGGCACAAUGGAGUAUGAUGGGAACUGUAUUCAUAUAGCUAGGCCCAUUUGGAUCUCUUCAUGGUUCGUUGUCAAAGCUGCUGGUUUUUGUUUUAGAACAUGUUUACACUUCUGCACCUCCUCUUUGAGGACACAGCAACUAACUUAUCUGAAGGGUCAUCUUUUUCAAAGGGGAGACUGAAGAGAAGCGGGACAGUGCUGUCAAAGGCACGGAUAUCCCCUCAUGAGCAAGUAGCCUAUAGUUGAGUCUGUCAAACUGUUUCUCUCUGAAGCAACUCUCCUGCAUGGCACAAAUGAGUAAAUCUGUGAAAUGAGUACAUCAGCCAUGGAAAUGAUUAGUCACACUAUCAACCAGUCCUUUCAUCCUUGUCAUUGUUGUGCAGUGCACAGUCUAUAUCCGUAUCUGUUUGAUGAUCAUUAAUCUACUGUCUCUGCUGCCCCCUGCCUUACCACACCAAAUGAUACAGACACCUAGACAAUACACAUGCAAUCAAAUGGCUUAGUUAGUACAUGUGGGUAGUACAUCAAGGAGAUGGCUUGAUAUUGAACAUGCCCACAUCCUAAUCCAUGACAGCACUUUGCGUUCCCCCCUAACCCUGGCAUUGCAUCACCAUUAGCUCUUAUGUACUGAUAUCUGUUUGAGUGCAGUUGGCUGUACUGUAGGUCUUGGAACACAAGCUUCCUCACAUGGUGGAGCUUUGUCUAGAAACUGAACUGAACCUUCAAUGUGAAAGUGCCAUUGUACUCAGCUGUUGAGUACGCUGCUUGACGUAACCUUACAUCUAAGAUAGCUAGCUCUUGUGUGUGAAUUAUACUCUCUAUGACAUAUUUAUGUAGACCUUUAUAACGCACAAAUUAAGACGGGACUGAUUUAUAGUAGUGGCAUUGCUGUGUCUCUUUAUAUCAUCCAUACUUUCCAUUUGAAAGGCUAUACUCCUGUCUUUGGUUUAGCACUAAAAAUGACAGAUCUGUUCUGUUCUCCAGCUAAAAUGCUUUCACUACAGUAUGUUUGUCUCUGCUAUGUGUUUUGUCCCUCUUGAAGCUUGUCUCUGUCUCGCUGUCUUUGUUGUGUCCGUUUUUCAUCUCUACUUAUGCCUUUUCUAUUGAGUCUAUCAGUUUUGGGGUUUCUAUGAAAGAAGGGAGGUGAAGUUGGUUCUGGAGGGCCAUAGAACAGAAUGAAGUGGAUUUGCCAUUUCCCUGUUAUGGGGAUGUUGUGUUUCCAUUUCUGAAGCUUGUAUCAUGCCUUUACAAUAAGCAAUAUUUGUAGUGAUUAAUAUCGCCCAAUCUUGUAACUUUAGUCAUGUCGAAGUAUCUCUAGCAGCCUUUAUGUAUUAAAACUUAACUGGCUUAGUUUUAAUUCAUCAUGCAAAUAUGUGAAAUUUCUUGCAUUUGAAUAGAAAUCCAACCAGUUUUUUUUAAUGAUUUGAAAAAUGUAUGAAACAGUUCGGUCCCUUCUUAUCCAUAUACUGUACUGUGAAGGUCGGCAUGGUGCCCACUGCUGUUGCUCCAAUAUAGAGAUACAGGCACCAUCGUCAUGGCCUGACUUGAACAUCUUCACCCAGGAGUUAUACAGUAACUCAUAAUUGUAUUUUAAUAGCACAAAAAAAAAAAAACGAAUUUUAA